ACAUCCUUCUCUUCCAUUUCAAAAGCUUAUCAGAGAAGACAGCCAUGGCUCCCAAGGUCCACGGAAACGUAUUCUCCACUGCAACAAUGCGAGCUUUCGCUACUCUCCACGAGAAAGGCGUUGAAUUCGAAGUUGUCCAUAUUGACAUGAAAGCUGGAGAGCACAAGAAGGAACCUUUCGUCUCCUUCAACCCAUUCGGUAAAGUUCCAGCCUUUGAAGACGGAGACCUAAAGCUAUUCGAAUCAAGAGCAAUAACCACUUAUGUUGCCUAUGAGUACCACGGGAAGGGAACGGAAUUGGUUUACCAUGACACGAAGAAGAUGGCGAUCGUGAGCGUGUGGAUGGAGGUGGAAUCUCACCAUUUCGACCCAGUUGUUUCAAUACUGUUGUUUGAGCAACGAGUGAAGCCCAUGAUAAUGGGUGCAGAACCAGACUUGGCAGUUGUGGAGGAGAACCAGAAGAAACUAGGUCUGGUUCUUGAUGUGUACGAGGCCAGGCUAUCGAAAUCCAAGUAUUUGGGUGGAGAUGAGUUCACUUUGGCAGAUCUUCAUCACUUGCCGACGAUCCAGUACUUGAUGGGGACAUCGACCAAAAAGGUAUUCGAGGCUCGCCCGCAUGUGUGUGCCUGGGCUAAGAAUAUCAUGGCUAGGCCGGCUUGGACCAAGACCGUUGCGAUGCAGAAGCAAGCUUAAUUAAAGGGUUUUUUUUUAGUUUAUAGAAU